AUGGGAACCUCAAAAGCUCGCCCUGUUGCAAAGGCUCAGAAGACCUCUCCGGAUCUACCCUCCCGGAAUCUUCCCGAAAAGACCUUCGUCCUGGACAAUGGCGCGUACACAAUGAAAGCGGGUUACGCCGCGGACCCUAGUCUCUCUCCCGAAGAUGUCCAAUCCGCCUGCUCUUCUAUACCGAAUACCCUCGUCAAGACUCGCGACAAUAGAAUUGUGAUAGGUGCUCAGCUUUCUACACAAGUUACCGACUGGAACGAAGCAGCAUUCCGUCGUCCGGUGGAGAAAGGAUACAUUGUGAACUGGGAAGCAGAGAGGGAAAUCUGGGAGCAGUCUUUCUUCGAGGAGAAAGCGACUGCACGGAAUAAGAACCUUCGCAUUGCCGCGCCCGAAGACACAACGCUUAUCCUGACGGAAGCCCCGAAUGCUAUGCCCAUUUUGCAACGCAAUGCCGAUGAGAUGGUGAUGGAGGAAUGGGGAUUCGGAGGAUAUGCGAGAUGCCUGGGCCCGACCCUCAACGCUUGGAACGAUCUCCACACUCUGUUCGGUGACUCCUUUACCAAAUCGGACACGACUAUCAUGCCUAUGGACUGCUUGCUUGUCGUGGACUCUGGAUAUUCGCAUACAACCGUGACGCCGAUUUACAAGGGACGUGCUUUACAACGUGCAAUCCGGCGCCUCGACAUUGGCGGCAAGCAUCUCACCAAUUACCUCAAAGAAAUCGUUUCAAUGCGGCAGUACAACAUGGUGGAUGAAGCCUACAUCAUGAACGAAGUCAAGGAGGCAGUCUCCUUUGUGAGCAAUGAUUUCAAGGCGGAUAUGGAGCGGACAUGGAAAGCCAAUAUUAAACGCCAGACCGAAAACAGUGUGGUGGUGGAUUACAUUCUGCCGGAUCCAAAUGCUGGGAAAAAAGGCUUCAUGCGGCCACAUGAUCCAUUGAUGCACGCAAAAAAGAAAAAGGGUGCGUCUUCUGGUCUCAGUGCUGAGCUAUUGUCAGAGGAUGUGCUGGUAUUGGGCAACGAGCGCUUUACCGUCCCAGAGCUUCUGUUCAAUCCGGGCGAUAUUGGGAUGAUCCAAGCUGGAAUACCAGACAUGAUUCUUCAGAGCUUGUCGGUUCUUCCUCCUGCAUUGCAUGCUGCGUUCUUGGCCAAUGUGCUUGUUGUUGGCGGCAAUGCUUCGAUCCCGGGUUUCAUGGAAAGAUUAGAAACCGAGUUACGCCCAAUUGCAUCGGCUGAUUGUGUUGUGAGAGUGCGCCGCGCUCAAGAUCCUGUAUAUUCAACCUGGCUAGGCGGGUCCCGCCUUGCCAAUAACCGAGAGGAGUUGAGCAAAGUUGCAAUCACACGACAGGAGUAUCAAGAAUAUGGGUCCGGAUGGGCCGGUCGACGAUUCGCUGGCACCAUCUAA